AUGAAUGGUCUUUCUAUCAGUCCCUUUAUCGCGAAUCUCCCCAAGGUUGAGCUUCACAUUCAUAUCGAAGGCACUCUUACCCCCUCACUACGCUGGGAGUUAGCACACCGUAACGGAAUUGCUCUUCAAUAUGCCACGCUGGAAGACCUCAAGGCAUCAUACGCUAUUACAUUGAAUCAUCGCCCCGAACUCAAUGGGCGAAAACCUGGGAUACCAACAUUUCUGGAAGCCUACUUUGCCGGAUGCGAAGUUCUGCGCACCGAAAACGACUUUUACGACCUCGCCAUGGCAUAUCUUUCUCGUUGCGCGAGUAUGAACGUGCUAUAUACGGAGCCAUUCUUCGAUAUCCAGGCGCAUACUCGUCGCGGAGUUCCAGCCGCCGCGGUCCUCGAUGGAUAUUUGAGGGCACAACAGGAUGCCGCGACGAACCUUGGUGUUCAUUCACAAUGGAUCAUGUGCUUCUUGCGCGACGAGCCUGUGGAGGAGGGGUUGAAAGCCUAUGCUGAAGCGAGGCCCUGGGCAGCGGGGAAUGUCAAGCGUGGCAAGAGGCUAUUCCACGCCGUUGGAUUAGCCAGCAAUGCUUAUGAGAGGCCACCAAUGCUUUUUGAAGGGGGCUUCGCUCUCGCUCGUGCAGAUGGCCUGCAUGUCACCAUGCACUGUGAUUUUGGACAAAAGGACACACAUGCCCAUAUAGCCGAGGCAAUAUUUCAGGUAUGCGAUGGCAAUGGAGCAGAGAGGAUCGAUCAUGGGCUUGAUGCCGAAGAUGAUGAGCAACUGUGGAGAGGCCUUCUGGAUAGAAACAUUGGCUUAACUCUGUGUCCACAUGCAUACCACCGCAGAACCGCAACCGAGGUAUUAUUCCCCAAAAUUCGAAGGUUGUGGGAGAGAGGAGUAAAGUUUUGCAUAAAUAGCGAUGAUCCUACACUCAUGCAUGACGUUUGGGUCGAUGGAAACAUGCAGAAAGUGUAUACUUAUGGCGGAUUCAGUCAGAGUGAGAUGAUCCAAUUGGCGAGGAACGCAGUGGAUAUGUGUUGGGCGGAGGACAAUAUCAAGCAGGCCAUAUAUGAAAAGCUAGAUAGCCUAUCUUUAUAG